AUGAAAGAUAAGUUGUUAUAUGCAAGAUCCGAAAAAAGCAGAACUGGAAUUUUGCUGUUAGUUUUUUAUGAAAAAAUUAAAGUCGCUACUGAUAAUCAAGAUACAUUAUUGGAGCAACAAGAACAAGACAUCGAUUCAUUGGUGAUAAAUUUGAUAUCUCAAGAUAUAGAUCUAGAUGUAGAAAGCCAGUUAAAUAUAUAUUUGAACCUCAAUAGUUCACAUAUUAUAACUGAAAAAAAACUUGAAGAUUCUAAAAUUAUUGAGAUAGUUUUGGAUGAAGAAAAUCAACUUGAAAAUGAAGAUUCUAACAAUUCAGAUAAAGAAGAACCAGAAAUCACUGUGUUAGAGGAAUUGAUGAGAUUAAAAAAGUUUAUUAACUUUUUUGAACAACAAACUAAUACAAAUUUCAAAGCAGAAGAUCUUAAAAUUUUUUGA